AAACCAUCAACUAGAGACACCAAACGGUCGGUCGCUUAGCCAAAAUUAUGAAUGUGACCACUAUAACUACUUUGCCCAAUGCAACGCAGGCGGCAGUGGAAAGUAUUACAAGCCAUGGCCACAAACAACAGCAACAGACCACAUAUAAAAUCGAAAUGCUCGACGAUAGUAUGGCCUCGGAUGAUGACGACGAUGAUCUGAUUAGCAGCGAUGGCAGCAUAUUUGAUGAGAACGAAUUGGCCCAAAUCGCUGUACAGGAUGAUUUGGCCAAUCAAUUGGCAGCUGCAGGACCAGUUGGUGUUGCAGCUGCAGCAGCCAUUGCCUCAUCAAAGAAACGCAAAAGGCAACAUUCGUUCGAAACGAAUCCGUCGGUGCGUAAACGACAACAGAACCGUUUGCUGCGCAAAUUGCGCGGCAUAAUAUACGAGUUCACAGGACGUGUGGGCAAACAGGCGGUGGUGCUGGUGGCCACGCCUGGCAAGCCCAAUACCAGCUACAAAGUGUUCGGUGCCAAACCCUUAGAGGAUGUAGUACGUAAUCUUAAGAAUAUUGUUAUGGAUGAGCUGGAAAAUGCUUUGGCACAACAGGCUCCUCCCCCACCGCAAGAAGAUCCCUCACUGUUUGAAUUGCCGCCUCUGAUUAUCGAUGGUAUACCCACACCAGUGGAAAAGAUGACCCAGGCCCAGCUGAGAGCCUUUAUACCCUUGAUGUUGAAAUAUUCCACAGGUCGUGGUAAGCCGGGAUGGGGUCGUGAGGCCACAAGACCACCAUGGUGGCCCAAAGAAUUGCCUUGGGCCAAUGUGCGCAUGGAUGCCAGAUCCGAAGAUGACAAACAAAAGAUUUCCUGGACUCAUGCUUUGCGUAAAAUUGUUAUAAACUGUUAUAAAUAUCAUGGACGUGAGGAUUUGUUGCCCACAUUUGCCGACGAAGAUGAUAAAGUCUCCCAAUUGAUCUCACACGAAGAAGAGGACGAUGAAGAAGAGGUGAUUGUACAACCUGUCCAUAAUAACACAGCUACUACCAUACAAACUGUAACAGCUACACCAACUACUAAUGCCAACUCUAAUCAACAAGUUAAUGUGGUCAAGAUCAAUAGUUCGGGCACAGUGAUUACCACAACAAAUCCACACAAUCCCAAUAAUCCAGGACCCACCAUAAUACAAAGUACGAAUGAUCAGCAUAUAACGACAACAGCUAGAUUGCCGGCAUCAACGAAAAUUGAAUUGUGUCCUGCUCCGAUGGCUCAAAUUACAACACAUCAUCAGCAGCAAACACCAGCAGCAUCAUCAGCAACAAACACAGCAGCAGCAACAACAACAACAACAACAGCAGCAGCAACAUCAUCACCAUCAACAGCAGCAGCAACACAGCAGCAGCAACAACAUCAUCAGCAACAGACAGUGCAGGCUCAACAAAUCCAUACCACAACGAAUGCAGCACAGACCAUAGCAAAUGCUCAAGUUUGCAUAGAGCCCAUGACCUUGGGAGAUGUGGAUUACACCACGCAAACAGUUCUAUCUACCAUACAAAAUGCUGAUGGCACAGUGUCUCUGAUACAGGUUGAUCCCAAUAAUCCUAUAAUCACUUUGCCCGACGGCACUACGGCUCAAGUCCAGGGUGUUGCCACGUUACAUCAAGGUGAAGGUGGUGCCACCAUACAAACCGUACAAAGCCUGGGAGAUGUUAAUGGUCAUGAGAAUAUGACUGUGGAUUUAACUGAAGCCACAGUUGCACAAGAUGGUCAAAUCUAUAUAACCACAGAAGAUGGACAAGGCUAUCCUGUGUCGGUCAGCAACAUGAUCACGGUACCCGUUUCAGCAUCCAUGUAUCAAUCGAUGAUGGCCAAUAUUCAGCAAAUUCAUACGAACAGUGAUGGUACCGUGUGUAUAACACCAAUGCAGGUAGAUUCUCAUACCAGUAAUAGUAAUAGCAAUAGUGAUAGCAAUAAUAGGCAUAGUCCCAACGAAGCUGGCAAUGGUGGGGGCCAUAGCAGUAGCAACAGCAACAACUCUGCUGCGAAUAACAAUACAAGUAGUAAUAGUAAUAAUGCCACAAUAAUUGCGGCAGGACCCCAUCAACAGCAAUAUCAAUGCUAUUCCAUAAUGGCAGCAUCACCCUUAGCCACAACGGCAGCGGCAGCCCAACGUCUAUUAGCCAAUUCGGGACUGAGUCAAGCUCAUGCAUUGGUGCAGAGUUUAAGUUUGAAUAGUAAUAAUAACAAUAACAACAAUAAUAGUGGUAGUAGCAGCAACAGCAACAACAGUGAUAAUAGUCAUAAUCAUAAUAAUCAUAAUAAUAGUAAUAACGGUAGUAGUUGCAACAACAAUUUAAUUAGUACAAAUGCCAAUAAUAUACGUUGCCAAAUAAUAAAUGCCUCUUCUAGUUUAUUAGCAAAUCAAAAUUCUUCUAGUCACCAACAGAUGGCAACACAGCAGCACCAUCAUCAUUUGCAACACCAUCAGCACCAACAGGCUGCGGCUGCCUUCAUAAAUCAACAAAGUCUAGCAAAUGUUUUGCAAAAUGGAACAGCAAAAGUUUUUAUUGCUGCAAAUCCGGCCCAUUUAAGUUUAACUGCAGCAGCUGCAGCAAAUAUUUUCAAUAGCAAUAACAACAAUAACGAUGCCACAGCUACAAAUAAUAACAAUAAUAAUGGCAGCAACAGCAACAUAAAAAUUGCAACAGCCUUGCCCAUAGUAGUUGCAACAACGGGUAAUCCCCAUGCCCACCAUCAGCAUUAUCACCAGCAGGCAACAGCAGCCAUUAUAGCUGCUGCUGGCGGAGUUGGUGCUGGUGCUGGUUUUGGCCUUGGAAAACAUCGAAGCCGUAACAGCAACAGCCAACAUAGUGCUGGUGGCUUUGCCAUGAAAACCAGCCACAAACGUCGUAAACAUAACAACUUUGCUGCCAAAGUGUUGCCGAUUAAAAUUGAAGAACAAGAUUGCAAUAGUGCCGAAACGGACACCUCAUCUUUAAUGCAUCAUAAUAAUAAUAGCAAUAACAACAGUGGCUCAGGUGGCGGCAGCGGCAAUAUUAUUAACACCACCACAACUCAAAAUGCCGAAGGCCUUUUGAACAUACAAAUUCUUGAGAGUUCGUCGGAGAGGACUUUGUGUCAUGCAGAAGAUGGUGGUGUUACUGCAGAUGAUGCCGAUGGUGUUGGUGGUGGUGCGGACGACAAUGAUGAUGUGGGAAAUCAUGCUGGCGGUGGUGCUGUCCUAGGUGUCUGUCAUGUUGGUAAUGUUCGCAUGGGCAAUCGUCUUCUCAGUGUUGAUGUUUCAAAAACCAUUAAACUUGAGUCCAUAGAUAGUUAAUUUAAUUACAAAAACAGCAUAGGACUCAAAGGCAAUCAAAGUGUUUAAGAAGAUUUUCACGAAGGAUGGAAGGGAAGAUGAAUGUUUUCUUUAAAGAACUUAAGAAGGAAGUAGAUUUUCAAGUUAUCGAAUUGCUCAGAAUUGUGAUAAUUUAAAGGCUAAGCUUUGAGGAUAUCUAUUUCGGAAAGAAAAAGAAAGUCUGAAAACGGAAAACGAUUUUUAUCAU